AUGUCCCCCACUGCUAUCGUGGCCCGCCGGGUUCUGGCUGCUGCAUCAGCAGGGAGCCAUGAAGGAGGAGCAAGGACAUGGAAGAUCCUAUCCUUCGUGUUAGCCCUGCCCGGUGUGAGUGUCUGCAUGGCAAACGUUUACCUGAAGAUGCAGGCUCAUUCCCAUGAACAGCCAGAGUUUGUGCCUUACCCACACCUCCGCAUCCGAACCAAGCCAUGGCCUUGGGGUGAUGGGAACCACUCUCUCUUCCACAACUCUCAUACAAACGCUCUGCCCACUGGUUAUGAAGGCCCUCAUCACUGAGCGGGAAGACCUUUCGUUCGGAACUGUUCGUCCUCUCAACACUGUUUCCAUUCUGCAAUGAAUGAGACCAGAUUUAAACAUUUUUAACAGAAAUAAACUAUCGAUUUUACAUGAA